CAGCUGGGGCUGCCCCGCUCACGGUUCCCCGGCAGCUCCGGCCGCGGGUCGCCCUCCGUCAGCUGUAGCCGACUCCGCCAGAUACAGAGCAUCCUAACCCAGAGCAGCAAGUCUCGGCCUGAUGGGAUCCUGUGCAUCCUAGGAAUUGAUAGCAGGUAUAAUGAAGGCUGCAGAGAGCUGGCAAAUUAUCUUCUGUUUGGUUUAUACAAUCAGAAUAUCAGUGAUUUUGAGAAAACAGGAUUUUCUGAAGAAGUUCUCGAUGAUGUAAUUAUAUUGAUUAAAUCAGAUAGUGUCCAUCUGUACUGUAAUCCUGUCAACUAUCGGUAUCUAUUACCCUAUGUGGCACAUUGGAGAAAUCUGCAUUUCCACUGCAUGACUGAAAAUGAGUAUGAAGAUGAGGAAGCUGCAGAAGAAUUUAAAAUUUCCAGCUUUGUAGACAUGGUUCGAGACUGUAGUAGAAUUGGCAUUCCUUACAGCUCCCAAGGUCACUUGCAGAUAUUUGAUAUGUUUGUGGUGGAAAAAUGGCCAAUUGUUCAGGCCUUUGCACUGGAGGGCAUUGGAGGGGAUGGAUUUUUUACCAUGAAAUAUGAGUUGCAGGAUGUGAGUUUGAAUCUCUGGAAUGUCUACAGCAAGAUGGAUCCUGUGUCUCUGGAGAAUUUGCUAUCAGAAGAUUUGGUUGCUUUGGAACAUCAGUGGACUAGCUUCUUCGCUAAUUUUGAUACAGAAAUUCCUUUCCUGCUAGAACUUUCAGAAUCUCAGGCAGGCGAGCCAUUCAGAAGUUACUUCAGUCAUGGAAUGAUCUCCAGCCAUAUAACUGAAAACAGCCCUAAUCGGCAGCCAUUUGUACUCUUUGGUAAUCACUCAACUCGAGAAAACCUGAAUGCUGGAAACUUUAACUUCCCUUCUGAAGGGCAUUUGGUACGCAACACUGGUCCUGGUGGGAGCUUUGCUAAACACAUGGUAGCACAGUGUAUCUCACCAAAAGGACCUCUUGCAUGUUCAAGGACCUACUUUUUUGGAGCUACUCACAUUCCUUACUUGGGUGGCAGUGACAAGCUGCCCAAGAAAACUGAACAAAUUAGGCUCUUGUCCCAGAUAUAUGCUGCUGUUAUUGAGGCUGUUUUGGCUGGCAUUGCAUGUUAUGCUAAAGCUUCCAGUCUAACAAAGGCCAAAGAGGUAGCAGAGCAGACUCUGGUAUCUGAGUUAGAUUCCUUUGAGCUGGUUCAGUUUAAGACAGCCCUAUGCUCCAAGAUGGCUUUUCAUAUACAUGCUGUGAAUAAUCAAGGAAGAAUUGUGCCUCUGGAGGGUGAAGAUAGUUUAUCCUUUGUGAAAACGGCUUGUAUGACUGUCUAUGAUAUUCCUGAUUUGCUGGGAGGAAGAGGGUGCUUAGGAUCUGUGGUCUUCUCAGAAUCAUUUUUGACAUCUCAGAUCUUAGUUAAAGAAAAGGAUGGCACUGUUAUCACAGAGACCAGCUGCAUAGUCCUGACAGCUGCCAUACCCAGAUUCUGCUCCUGGCUGGUAGAAGAUGAUGAAGUAAAAUUGUCUGAGAAAACCCAGCAAGCAGUGAGGGGAGAUGAGUGUUUCCUGGGCACUUUUCUAACAGGAGGAGAAGGAGCAUAUCUUUAUUCCAGCAAUUUACAGUCCUGGCCUGAAGAAGGAAACUUGCAUUUCUUCUCUAGUGGCCUUCUGUUUUCUCACCGUCAUCAUGGAAGUAUCAUCAUUUCCAAGGAUCACAUGAAUUCCCUUUCCUUCUAUGAUGGGGACUCUACCAGUGUUGUGGCUGCCCUUUUUAUCAACUUCAGAAGCUCAUUGCUUCCUCAUCUCCCAGUUCAUUUCCAUGGAUCAAGCAACUUUCUGAUGAUUGCUCUUUUCCCCAAAUCAAAGAUAUAUCAAGCAUUUUACUCAGAGGUCUUCUCCCCCUGGCAACAGCAGGAUAACUCAGGGCUCUCUUUAAAAGUGAUCCAGGAAGAUGGAUUAUCUGUGGAACAAAAGAAAUUGCACUCUAGUGCGCAGAAACUCUUUCGUGCCCUGAACCAUCCUGCUGGGGAGAAGUGGAGUUCUUCAAAGCUGCUCUCAGCUAAACUCCCAGAGCUGGACUGGUUUCUUCAGCAUUUCGCUGUAAGCAGCAUUAGUCGGGAGCCUGUGAUGAGGAUCCAUCUUCCGAUCCUGCUGCAGCAAGCUGAAAUCAGCCCUCCUCACAGAGCAGAAAAUGACAAGGUAAUUAUCAGCAUUGUAACUGGCCUGCCAGGCUGUCAUGCUAGUGAGCUCUGUGCUUUUCUGGUCACUCUCCAUAAGGAAUAUGGCAGGUGGAUGGUGUACCGCCAAAUCAUGGAUAGCUCUGAAUGUUUUCAUGCUGCCCACUUCCAGAAGUAUCUUUCUAGUGCCCUGGAGGCCCAACAGAAUCGCUCUGCCCGUCAAUCAGCCUACAUCUGCAAGAAGACCAGACUGCUGGUAGUGUUACAAGGCUACACGGAUAUAAUUGAUGUCAUCCAGGCCCUGCAGACCCACCCAGACUCAAAUGUCAAGUCCUUCUUCACCAUUGGUGCCAUCACGGUUUGCAUGGAGCCCCUGAGCUGCUACAUGGAGCACAGGUUUCUCUUCCCUAAGUGUCUUGACCAGUGUUCACAAGGCCUGGUGAAUAAUGUGGUGUUCACCAGUCACACCACGGAACAGAGGCACCCCCUCCUUGUUCAGUUACAGAGUCUCAUCAGGGCUGCCAAUCCUACCACAGCCUUCAUUCUUGCAGAAAAUGGCAUUGUCACCAGGAAUGAAGACAUUGAGCUGAUUCUCUCAGAAAAUAGUUUUUCAAGUCCUCAGAUGCUGCGAUCCCGAUAUUUAAUGUACCCUGGCUGGUAUGAAGGUAAAUUCAAUUCUGGAUCAGUCUUCCCACUGAUGGUUCAGAUCUGCGUAUGGUUUGGCCGUCCCUUGGAGAAAACUCGCUUUGUGGCCAAGUGUAAAGCAAUUCAGUCCUCCAUCAAGCCAAGUCCCUUCUCUGGAAACAUCUACCACAUCCUGGGCAAAGUGAAGUUUUCAGACUCUGAAAGGACCAUGGAGGUCUGCCACAACACUCUGGCCAACUCCCUGAGCAUCGUGCCAGUUUUGGAUGGACCCACACCACCUUCUGACUCAAGAAGUACACCUCAAGACAGCAAUGGACAACAAGAGUGCUACCUGGUGUUCAUUGGCUGCUCCCUGAAGGAAGAUAGUCUCAAGGACUGGCUACGGCAGUCAGCUAAGCAGAAGCCUCAGAGAAAAGCUCUGAAGACCAGGGGAAUGCUGACUCAGCAGGAGAUCAGGAACAUCCAUGUAAAGCGCCACCUGGACCCACUACCUGCAGGCUAUUUUUACAAUGGCACUCAGUUUGUUAACUUCUUUGGUGACAAGACCGAUUUUCACCCACUCAUGGAUCAGUUCAUGAAUGACUAUGUAGAAGAAGCAAACCGGGAAAUUGAGAGGUACAACCGGGAGCUGGAGCAGCAGGAGUACCAUGACCUCUUUGAGCAGAAGUCCUAGAGGAAGCUGGGUCCAUAUACCCACCAGAGAUGGACAAAUGGGGUGUCUAACCCCAGCUCUCCCAGGCACCCUCCUGGAGGGGCUGUCUUUGUCCUCCUUGACUUUUGCGUGCUGCUGGAGUACAUGUUAUCAUUUUUCUCUCUACAGCGCUGAAAGGCAUCACCUGCACCACUGAUUGGGGGGUGGGGGUGGGGAUCCUCAAGGAUGAGCAGACAGGACUGCCCAUUGUGUGCAGCUGUCAGUCCAGGCCCUCUGGGUCUCUGGUAACAGUAGAUUUUUUGAGCUGCUGAGGUACCAUGUAAAGGGAGAAGCAUUUGCAUUGCACAAAGGAACUGCCAGGACUUAGAAGGAACCCUGGCUGCCCCACCAUGGCAGUGCCUGGGUAAUAAGACCACUCCAGGCCUCAGGCCUCAGAUACUACCCCAGGACCCUCAUCCCCAGUGGGGCUUGCUGCUUCUGCUUAGGUCCUUUCAUUAAAGGAGCUGGCCCUAUUGGCCCUAGGCCUGGUCUGUGGGGGAGCAGCACAAGCCCUGCCCAAGCCCAACCCAUAUAGCCAGCUAAGAUCCACAGCAUGUUCGAAAAUGAGGGGAUUUCCCUUGUGGAUUAAACUGAGAAAAAGGCAUGUUUUCUAGAAGUGUGUGGCUCUUCAGUUGAUAUCAGCAGUCCCCUUGUGAUUCAUUCUGAGCUCUCUUGUGGUAUCACUUUGUGUCCCAAAUUCAGGGACAAGACCAAACCUAUGGCCCAAGGCCUAUUGACACUGGUUUCCUAUCAAGGGGAGCAUCCUGCAAGUAGUUAGUCUUAGGCCCAGGGAAGGUCUGCUUUUCAGCCACAAACUUCAGAAAACUCAUGCCCUCACCCCCCAACCAUUGUUUCUUUUUUUUAAACUCUUUUUUUGUUUUUGUUUUUUUUUUUUAAUAUUUAUUUUUUAGUAUUC